AAAAAACUUAAUCAAGGUUUCACAUAUAAAAACAAGUCUUUCCUUUCUUUUUUUUUGGAUCUAAAGGUGUAUUCUCUUUUGUCUUCCUUUUUUUUUAAUUUCAUUUCUUUUCACCCUCUAUCAUGUCUAUUGAAGUCAACGAUAUUGAAUCCAAGUUCCAAGUUGUGUCAGCACCUCCUCCUCCUGUUGCACCAGUAGUGAUUGCUAACCCAGGACCAUUGGGUUUGAGUGCAUUCGCUUUAACUACAUUUGUCUUGUCACUUCACAAUGCAGGUGCUGGACUCGCUCCUACUUCGCCUCAUGGUGUGGUUACAGGCCUUGCAAUGGGCUACGGUGGAUUAGUACAAUUACUUGCUGGCAUGUGGGAAUUUAGAACUGGUAACACCUUUGGUGCUACUGCAUUCUCUAGUUAUGGUGGUUUCUGGCUAUCUUUUGGCAUGAUGUUCAUUCCUUCAUUCAAUGUCAUCGAUAGCUAUAAAGGUGAUACAGUGACUCUGAACAAAUCGUUGGGCUAUUAUCUCUUGGGUUGGACUAUCUUUACCGGUGUGAUGCUGAUUGCCUGUCAUCGUUCGACAGUAGGUCUUGUUGCUCUCUUCUUUAUGCUCUUCAUCACCUUUGUACUUUUGGCAGCGGCGAAAUUCAACGGUAGCAUUGUCACACAGCAAGCAGGAGGUGUACUAGGCUUAAUCACUGCAUUUAUUGCUUGGUAUAAUGCUCUCAGUGGUUUGCUCACCAAAGAAUCUUCUCAUUUUACUUUACCUGUUGGUCGCUUAGCUUAGAAAAAAAAAUAAUAAUUUUUUUUACCCCUUUUUUUUCUUCCCCUAUCCUAAUAUUAUAACGUUAAAUUUUUUUUUUCCAUUUUCAAUAAAAAGAUAUCUUUAAACCCUCA